UGCUCCAAACUGGUAAAAGAAAUUCGUUUGUCCAAAAAAAGCAAGGGAGAAACCCAAGAUGAACAAGAUAUUAAUGUACGGGAUCUGCGAGACUUCAACAGGUCUGUCAACAAGAUGCUGGCUCAAGCAAUGGAGCAAAAUCCUGAGCUGGUAGUGCCAUUACAGAUGUACUUUCAACAGGUUGGCUUGGAAAUCCCAAGUUCCUCAACUCCUGGAAGCUCACGUUCAGGUUCUUCACGAAGUUCCAUUGUAUCUGUCCGUUCAAGUUCUUCUAGAUCUUCAACCAGCUCAGGACCCUCCUCUCGUAUUAAAGUGGUUGAGCUUGGAAUACCUAUGGUUUCUCCACCUUCAAGUGCAGCAUCAUCUCGCAGCUCCAAGUCAUCCAGCAGAGGCAGUACUCACAGAAGUCAGAAAUAGUAAUG